AUGUCCGAGGGUGCUAAUACAAGACAGGUGCAAAUCCGCCUGGUCACACGGGAUACAGAGCUUCAGGUUCCCGAUGCUCCUUUAUAUGUUCCUGUCAGUUUGAAGAGAUACGGUCUUUCAGAGGUUGUCAACCAGCUACUGGACCAAGAUACUCCCAUUCCAUUUGAUUUCUUGAUCGAUGGUAAACUUCUCAGAUCUUCUUUAGAUGGAUAUUUGAUUGCCAACGGUCUCAGUAACGAAACUACCAUCACUUUAGAAUACGCGCGAUCCAUUCUCCCCCCUUCGUUUCUUGCGUCAUUUGCCCAUCAAGACUGGGUGUCUGCUGUGUCCAUUAGCAGAAACAAAGCCACUCAAAAGAUUGCAACUGGUUCAUAUGACGGUGUAGUAAGGCUAUGGAACCACUCGGGUUCUGUAACCCACCAGCUGGUUGGCCACAAUGCUGCUGUCAAGGCUGUUCAAUGGACUGAUGCCAGUCGAUUAGUGUCAGGAGGUUCAGAUAGAAUCCUGUACCUAUGGAAAUUCGCAAACAAUAACAGCAAUGAAGAAACGCAUGAUAAUGAUGAUGAAGACGAUGAAGACGCUGCUUCUGGAAAGAAAGGAUCAAUUGUAGCAGUUCUACAGGGCCACACUGCUUCUGUAGACGAUCUGGCUUAUAACAAAUCCACCAAGCAAAUCGUGUCUGCCUCUGCUGAUAGCACCUUGAAAGUGUGGUCUUCCAACUAUAAAGAACUUCCUGCUGCCGAGACACUUGCCAAGUCAUCAUCCACAGCAUCUCAAAAACGUCGUCGAGUCGCAGCUGCGUCUCUGACAUCUUCUCGUACCCGAGGAGCUCUGUCGACUCUGACAGGCCACUCUGCACCAGUCACUGGUGUAGUAUAUCACCAUACGGACAACCAUGUGGUAUACUCUGUUUCUCAAGAUCAUACUGUGAGAACCUGGGAUACUGCCACUGAGUCCCUUGUCGAUACCAAGACCACAUCGUUCCCACUGCUGUCCAUCGCCAGCUUGGGUCCACAUACUGGACUUCUGGCAUGUGGCUCGUCAGCACGUCACAUCACUCUUAUAGACCCCAGAACCACCACUACCACCUCGCAGGCACAACUCAUCGGCCACACGAACUUCGUAGUCUCACUGGCUCCUUCCCCCGACAACCACUACAUGUUCUGCUCCGGCUCGCACGACGGCACCACCCGUAUCUGGGACGUACGGGCCCAAAAGUCUGUCUAUGUCAUCUCUCGCGAGUCCGGCGAAUCGCCCACCGCCGUCUACGGCGUCGACUGGGACACCACCGUCGGCAUCGCCAGCGCCGGCCAGGACAAGAAGCUCCAAAUCAACUCUGCUGCCUUCAGCAAAAAGUAA